CUCCCCGGGACCGGGUCCGCCCGGUGCGAACCUAAACCCACUACGCACCCUUUGACCAAUACCUGGGUGUCGUCACCCGAGCUCAACCGGACUUGGUCGUGCCCUUUAGCCUCGGGCUCUUACUCAGUCCAAGUUCCAGCCCCGCGACCGGAUCCCUCCUGUCCACCCACGAAUCCUUAGCGACAGGAGGCCCGCAGGGAGCAGCAGAUUUUCUCCCUUUGCUGGUGAGCCAUGGCAGCGAUCAUGAAGGGCCAAGUGUGCAUGGUGACUGGCGCUUCCAGGGGCAUUGGCCGUGGCAUUGCCUUGCAGCUCUGCGAAGCAGGGGCCACGGUUUACAUCACUGGUCGCUAUAUGGACACCCUGAAGGCCACUGCUGAGGAGGCACAAUCCCGAGGAGGCCGGUGUGUGGCUGUGGUGUGUGACUCAAGCCAAGAGAGUGAGGUGCAAAGCCUGUUUGAGCAGGUGAAGCGGGAACAGCAUGGGCGUCUGGAUGUGCUGGUCAACAAUGCCUAUGCUGGGGUCCAGGCCAUCAUGAACAACAGCAACAAGAAGUUCUGGGAAAGUCCUGCUGCAAUUUGGGACGAUAUAAACAAUGUGGGACUCAGAGGCCACUACCUGUGUUCAGUGUAUGCGGCACGGCUGAUGGUCCCAGCUGGCCGGGGGCUCAUUGUGGUCAUCUCCUCCAUUGGAGGCCUCCAGUACCUCUUCAAUGUCCCCUAUGGCGUGGGCAAAGCUGCGUGUGACAGGAUGGCUGCUGACUGUGCCCAGGAGUUGCGACGUCAUGGGGUUAGCUACGUGUCUCUGUGGCCAGGACUGGUGCAGACAGAACUGCUGAAGGAGCACAUGAAGAAGGAAGACAGCGCUGUCAGUGACCUGGCUAAGAAGUUGAAACAAGACUUCUCAGCUGCAGAGACAACAGAACUGAGUGGCAAAUGUGUGGUAGCUUUGGCAACAGACCCCAACAUCCUGAGCCUGAGCGGGAGGGUGCUGCCGACCUGUGACCGGGCUCGGCGCUAUGGCCUUCAGGAUGUGGAUGGCCGCCCCGUCCAAGAUUACCUGUCUGUGCGCUCUGCUCUCUCCCAUGUCUCCAGCCUAAGAUGGCUGACCUCCUACAUUCCUGGCUUUCUCCGUAUGCCCAAGUGGGUUUUGACCCUUUAUGCCAGCAAGUUCUAACUCCCGCGACCUGGCGUCACUACUGCUCCUCUUCUUUGGGCUGGAUAGUGGGAACAAGGCAGCCUUUCCUGUCUACCCUGCGCCACUGAUACGAAGAGAAGGCCUCUGCUGUGAGUUCUAGACGAGACCUGGGGUCUUUGUAGAUGCUUCUUGGUGCCUUGAUUUUUCCAUAACUCUACAUUUUACUUUAAACCAGCAUUUGAAAAAUACAUAUCUGUGUUGUACUAGUAAAUGUACUGCUUCAAAGCUGAAUAAAGAUGUUUUUUU